AUGGCGAUAAUCGCCUCCGCUGACGUAGCGAAGUUUUCGGCUAAAGUACAGAAGGGAGAAAAGUGCAAGCUUUGCGGCUGGAGAAACCACUCGACCGGUGUCUGCUUCAAAUACCGUGAUCCUGCAGAACGCUUCAGAAGAGCCAAACAGCGCACACCGAAGAGCACGUCGGAUGCAUCGCUGCCACUCUUAGAUGCCCCACGUGCAUCGAGGUUAGAUUGCCGGAGAGCGCCACCAACCAUCACUCUAUCUUUUGUCUCGUCGACAACGCUGUGGACACCAAUAACUUCAACAGAAAGAAGAAUGAUCUCUUCUUCUGGAAUCGAAGUUACUCUGAACAAUGCCGGUCUUUGGAAGAAGUUCAACAGUCCAAUGGAGAUGAUUCUGACUAAAAAGAUUGGAAGAAAAAUGUUUCCGAAUCUGGAAUAUUCGGUUGAUGGAUUGAAUCCUACCGCAAUGUAUGAGAUCUACUUGCACAUGGAGAGAAUGGAUGAACAUAAAUACCGUUUCACCGACAACAAAUGGGACGACUAUGCCAGAGGAGACCCAAUCACUUCAAUUCAAAAAAUCAAACAUAAAAGUGGAGGACAAACUGGAAUGUUCUGGAUGGACGGACCAAUUUCAUUUGAGCAAAUCCGAUUGACAAAUAAUCCAGAGACAGAGAAAAAAGAUCAUAUUUGCCUCCAAAGUAUGCACAAAUGGCGUCCAGUUGUCACUAUUCGAAAAUUGGAAAAUGGAGACGAGAAUUCGGAUUUCGAUGAGGAAUUCAGAAUUGAAAAUGUGUGGUUCAUGGCUGUUACUAUGUAUCAGAAUCAAGCCGUAAAGAAUCUGAAAGUGGAGAACAAUAAGUUUGCAUCUGGUUUUCGUGAAACUGGAAAUCACAAGCCCGUUAAUUCGACACGUGGCAUCAAACGUACUGCAUCUGAAACGUUCCCAACUCCUCCUUCAAGUACAUCACCACCAUCGAAAAAGAAUUCAAAUGGACAUUCUCCAAUUGCUCAAAACUUUCCAAAUCCUGCACAUUUCGAUUUUUCAAUGAUGGGAACUGCUCAUCAGUAUUGGAUGAAUCCAUAUCAGAAUAUGUGGAAUUAUGGAUACAAUAUGGGACAACCAAUGGUACAGCCAGUCGUGAAUCAAUGGAAUAUGCAGAAUAUGGGGCAAUCAAAGAAUAUGAGUCAUGAGCAACAAGGAAAUCCAAAUAGCAGAAUUGGUAUAAUAAUCCUUCUGAUGGUGUCUAUGAUGAAGUGUCUAACAUUAUGUUUUGUCAGAAAACAUCAGGGAAUUGCGCAGAUAAUGCAUCGCCACGUCAUCAAUCCUUUUCUUAUCACUCUUAUCACUUUAUCAACAGUUUCUGGAACGAUGUUGAGUUUGGUGACGUUUAUGCUGUCAGGAAUAGAGAGGGAUCAACAGAUGGAUUUUGUGAAAAUGAACUACCCCAACUACUACACUGAAUUUUCGCAACUCUUCAAUUUCGCAAUUUACGAAUUCAACUUUAUCUUCAAACUCAUCGCAGUUGGUUGCUUCUUCGCAGUUACUUUAUUUUCAUUAUUUUUCUCUUUCCUUAUCAUUGAUAUUUUUACAUUAUUAUCCGGCGUCAAGAAGAAAAUCUCUGCUAAAAAUUUCCAAAGACACCAAGCGGCUGUGAUUAGUCUGAUUGCUCAGCUUGCCACGUCAUCAAUGUGUCUGCUGCCUCCUGUUGGAUUAGUGAUAGCAAUUAUCAGUCAUUAUGAACAUUCACAGGCGGUAGUUCGGCUGCUACUGGCAAUUUUUGCCCUUCAUUCGACUGUAAAUGCAAUUAUUUUAAUUAUCAGUACUCCGACAUACAGAGGUUAUAUUAAAAGGUAA